AUGUCAUUCCCUGCAAAUUGUAGCGACUUCCCGAACCUAGUCACGCCGCAAGCGUUCUAUCCACAGGUCGUCGCCACUGGGAUUGAACUGGGACGUUACGUCACAGUAGCCACGGCGGGGGCCUUGCUUUGGGACGUGCUCAGUAACAUGUUCAGUGAUUACGACAUCCUCCUCAACCACAGGUUCACCUUGACAGCUCUUGUCUAUGCUAUGGCGAGAUUAUCCGUGAUUCUCUUUGUAUUGCUCUCCGCGGUGUUCCAGACUGCGCCUGUCAAAUAUUGUACCAUCUUUCAGCAAGUGAGGAUGGCGACUUUGGUAGCUACCAUAUCCACCACGACUCUCUUAUUCCACAUCCGCCUACGCGGAGUCUAUCAAAUGCACCGACUCAUUACCGGAGCUUUCUUCUUUAUCUGGCUGUGUGUCGUGGCUGGUGCUACGACACUUCUGUUCGGCGGGACAGGAGAGAACCUCGGACUUACGGAUUACUGCAUCGACGGCCCAUCAAAGCCAUAUACAGCCCUGGCGGUCUUCUUCCCUAUCUUCCAUGACACUCUAGUAUUUAUCGCGAUAUCGUAUCAGCUGUCAGGAAAUAUACUCCGCGAGGCUACUGUAUACCGCCGCAUGAAGAGUUUCUUUUCAGGAAAAUACCUUCCUGCCUUCACUGCCUCCUUGCUCAGAGAUGGGCAGUCGUACUAUGCUAUCACCAACCUCAGCGCAAUGAUAUUGGUGAUACUCAUGUACAUUAAGGCGCUGCCCAUAGAGUACCACGGCCUUUUCUCCGUACCCAACACAUUCAUAGACAAGGUGCUGUGGGAGCAGAUGAUCAAGCUAGAUGAAAUUAACCUCGUCAGAUUCAACGUCGCUGUCUCGCAUCUCAUCAAAGGGCUCAUUUUCAUCGUCGUCAAAAGUGAAGAGUUGAAGUGGGCCCUUUUCUUCCAUCUUAGCUAUUAUGCCUACAGGUUGAGCAUUUCGAAACGCGAGCCUUCAAUGGCUGGUGUGAACAUGUUCGCGUCCGACGCGCAGAGGCGUGCAGAUGGCACUGGAGGGUUCUCGGUUAACGAGGAGAUGGUCAAGUUGUGUCAGCAGCCCGGUUUCUUGAAGGAAAAGGAGGGCGGGACGAAAUUGCGACAUCUUUACCAAAUGAAAUCCGCUGGGUUCGACGCCAACAUGCUCAGACAGUUUGCUCUAUGGUGCUUUUUGGGCCAGGCUGAGUCAAUCAAGAAGGCUGUGGAAAGCGGAAGUGCACCCGAUCUGACAGCCACUGAGACGCCAUACAAAUUCGGCUACUGUACGCUUGUCAUCGCAGGCGCCCAGCGCGGCGCGGUCGGAUGCCCGGGAAGCGACCAUCCUGCAACGCUCUCCUUCCUCCUUUCUAGUGGCGCUCCGCCCGACGCCCCCGACAUUGUGGGCUACACCGCACUGCAUCACGCGACGCAGAAUGCCGCAGGGCCAACAUUGUCGCUCGCCCGCAUCCUCCUCACGCACGGCGCGGACCCGAACCACCAGAACUGCUAUGGCGAGGUGCCCAUCCUCGGCGCGUUUCAAACGAACGGUAUCGGGGCUAUUGAGUUGCUGAUGGAAUUUGGUGCGCAAAUGGACGUGGCGGACGCGGAUGGCAUCACACCGCGAGGGCUGCACCUGCUUGCGGGACCGCAGGUGACCGCGGCAGUGGCGAAGUGGCUCCGGCGUCGCACAGGUGGGCACUGGAGGACCCACAAGCAAACGUGUUUGCCGUUUGACAUGCGGCACACCGUGACGGUGCGCCCGGCAUACGAGGGCGUAACCAAUGUCAUUCCCUUGGCAGACAUGACACGAGCCUCAUUCGGCAUCCCGUCCCCACCGCCGCCUGCGCGAAACUUUCGGGGAGCUAAGGUGCCGCGCAUGCGACGGGACGAGACGAAGCAAAUGGUCAUCAAGGUUCAAGUGCCGUGGACCGGCGGGUAUGCCCCCGCACAGGCUGGCGACAUGCUCGUGUACACAAAGAAGCGCGACUUUGUGUGCAGAAUCCGCCCGGAGGAUGGUGUGGACGUGUAUCGUCGUCUCGCGCAGGUCGUGCACGAGCAGGGCAUCGGCAGGGCGAAGGCGUACUUUUCUGCAGAGCUGAAGGACAAGGACGAGCUAGUGAUCAAAGUGGGAGACGUACUCGCUGAACAGCCUUUCUAA